UAGAGCACUGAAUUUAAACAUCCAAAUGUCCAACGACAUGAUUCAACAUUUUGGAAUGCUAUCUCUGCUGUUGGUAUUGUACACUAGUUGUGUACAUUGUGAAACCUUCAAAAAUGUAGACACGUGUCGUCAGAAACUAUGCAGAUGCUUCCCUUCCUCGAAGUCAGUUAACUGCACUGGACGUGACAUGCAGUAUAUUCCAGUUUUACCAACAUACGCAAAAACUGUUUUAUUUACAAAGACAAACUUUUCGAAUAUAACGGGAAAGUUUUUGUCCAAUCUUACUUUGAUUCCUGUGGAAAGCUUACAUUUCAUAGACACUUUGACCAAACUCAUUGACCCGGAUUCAUUUGUAAAUCUUACAAAAAUAUCUACUUUGGAGAUCAGCAGAAAUUAUGAAUUACCGCUAGAUCUUAUAUCUCCCAUUCUAGCAUACACACCUAAGAUACGAACUGUUAAACUGACAUCAAAUCGAUGGACGACCAUUCCGGAAGAUAUGUUUUCGGGAUUACACAACUCUUCAAUCAGCGUAAUUUCUCUUAAAAAUAAUUGGAUCGUGAAUAUAAGUGGAAGACAUUUUUCUGGUUUGCGUUUUCUGCAAAUUUUGGAUUUAUCUAACAAUUUUCUUUCGCAGAUAAAUUUUACAGGAUUCGAAUCUACUUCAAUCUCCACAAUGAACCUUGCCAACAAUCACUUUACUAAAGUACCAUCUUUCUGUGGCCCAACUGCACAGUUGACAGGGAAGUACAAAACUCUAAAAUUACAGCAAAAUUAUAUUCAUGAUCUUGACGGGUCUUCUUUUCAAUGUUUGCAGUUUUUACAUAAUCUUUAUCUUGAUAAGAACUCUGUAAGCUUCAUACGAAGCAACACAUUUGCACAAUUACCAAAACUGGAAAAACUAUCAAUGACGUUUAUCGGCGAUCAUUUACAUACCAUUGAGGGGUAUGCAUUCAACUCCUCAAGUCUUAAAAAAUUGGACAUUGGGAAUAAUCGAUAUAAAUUUGAUAAACUGCCUUGGUUGUAUAGGACAGUGUUCGCUUCACUACCAAACCUCUUGUCGCUUGAUCUUACCGGCAACUUCCUUCCGUCAGACUCGAAAUCUUUAGGAGAAUUGUUUACGAAUUUAAAUAAAUUAGAAAAGCUUAUUUUGGAGAAUACAGCACUAAAAGGACUCCCACGCAACGUCUUCCAAAACAUUCCUAAUUUAGAAUCUUUGAUACUAAUUGGGAACUACAUAAACGGCUGGGACGACGACCCGGAGGUGUUUGGCAAUGUGACGUCACUGCGAAGCCUGUACCUUGACGGAAAUAACAUAAAACUUGUGAAUAAAACGUCUUUCCCAGCGCAUUUCCUGAACUCACUUGACAAAUUAUGUCUAACGAAUAACCCAUACACGUGCACGUGUGAUCUCAAGUGGUUCCUAGACUGGAUAAAAUCUACCAAGCAUACCAUCAUUGUUAACUACCCUCGGAGAUAUGCGUGUAGAUAUCCUCCAGAAAUGAACAACGUGUUGUUGAAAAACUACAACCCUACUACGAAAACAUGUUCACGUAUCGAUUAUCCUUUAAUAAGAAACAUAUGUAUCGCCGUUUUUGUACCCUCAACUAUUAUUCUUAUCGUUGUAUCGGUGGGAUAUAAAUUUCGGUUCCGGUUAAGUUACUGGCUGCACAUACUAGGAAUAAAGAGAGGUGGCUACAAAAGAAUCGAGAGUGAAACUGAUUAUCGUUACGGCGCUUUCGUUAUCUACUCCAUUGUCAACAGGGACUUUGUGUUCAAUCACAUGAUCCCGGAAUUAGAAGACAAAGCUGGAUGUAGACUAUGCAUACAUGAAAGAGACUUUGAGGUAGGCAGGUUCAUUCUGGACAAUAUCACGCAUCAUUUUGAACAUAGCAAGAACAUCAUUCUGGUGUUAUCAACGGCCAUCCUCAACAGUGAAUGGUGUACAUUUGAGCUUUCAUUGACACAGUCCAGAACUGCAAUAGAGGGACCGGGGGUGUUGACAGUAAUACUACUGGAGGAACUAGAUACUGCCAUAUUACCAUCCACCGUACGAGCUAUUCUUGACACGGUCACCUACACCGAAUGGUUCCAGGAGAAAUCAAAACAGAGCAGGAUUUGGGCGAAAAUAGUAACUGCUUUGAAUACGCACAAAGAUGGUGUAGACUUGCUUUGAUACAUAACCUGUGAAUGAUUUUGAUAUAGAAAACACCUGCUUCAGUGACUGUUGUUUGAAACAUAAUUAUAGACAGGUAUAAUCAUUUCACUUUUAUUCAAUAUGCUAUCUAGAUCUGAUUGAUAAAACUGAAUGCAAUUUAAUGUUUAACACUAUUCUUAUAUUCCAUGUGCUAUUAUCAUAUUAUAUUAGAUAGGUUAUGUGUACUUAAAACGCGCUAUGCUGUGUAUCAAUUUAAUAACAAAACGUUCCGAUAUGUUAUAAUUUCGCAUUUAAAUCGUAAAGUCAUAAUACGAAUUUAUUAAUUUUUCGUUUUAAAAUAUCAUAUGUACGUGUAUAUAGAGCAAUUUAGUCCGUCUACAAAUGUACCAUCAAAUAAACCAAUUAUAUUGGGAUGAUGUCAAAUGUCAGAGCCGACAAAAUACUAGUUAGAUCAUUGAUAAUAUUAAGGAAAAAAAAGUUACCAAACUUGAUAUACCUGGACGGAAUCUUGCAAGGCUCUAAGACUUUAUAUAUAAUUUUAUGUAAUGCUGAUGAAUAGGUCUUUCCCCUGUAUAGUGUUGAACCCUGCAUACCCCCAUCCCUCAAUGUAUGAUCAGCGAUAAAAAAAAUAUAUCCUAGUCGAGUGUUCGACAUUCGACAUGUUUGUGCUUACACAUGUACAUUCUCUAUAAGAAACGGGAAAAGAUUAAAAGUAUGUUUGUGUACUUUGAAUGUUUAACAGAUACAUCCUAACCCGAAGGGUGAUGUUUUUAUCGUCUAACUUUAGGUAUUUUUCAAGCAGAAGAAUUUCAAAUAUUCUCUAACGAUUUAACUUUUCCUAUGACUUAAGAUUAUUGUUCAGUUCCAUCACAUUAUGACGUCAAGUCAUUGUUCAUACAUUAUUUAGAAGUGUUUUUAUAAUAUUAUAUUCUGAAGCUUUACCUCGCAUAAUAUAAAGUAUAAAUGUGAACAUUACAAAUGUAAAUAUUAUCUAUACAUUCAUUAAUCUAGAAAAUUACUUAUUAAUGUACAAAUAUAUACUAAGGGGCCCUCUUUCCUGCAUAUGUACAGUUGCUCUUACAUUGUAGUUUCUACCUUACUGAUUUUGUGUUGGUAUACGUGUUCCUGAAUACAAUCUUAUAUUGAAAGUUUUUGAUUUUUGUAAAAUCAGUAACAUAC